AUGUCUAUUUGGCUAAUUUAUAUCUAUCUAUCUAUCUAUCUAUCUAUCUAUCUAUCUAUCUAUCUAUCUAUCUAUCACACUGGCAUUGGUUCGUAUAUCUAUUUCACACUGUUCCUAUCUAUCUAUCUAUCUAUCUAUCUAUCUAUCUAUCUAUCUAUUACAAUCUGCCCAUUAUCUAUCUAUCUAUCUAUCUAUCUAUCUAUCUAUCACACUGGCAGUCUGUUCAUCUAUUUCAAUCUGUUAUCUAACUACUUCAGUUGGUUCGUAUAUCUAUUUCACACUGUUCCUAUCUAUCUAUCUAUCUAUCUAUCUAUCUAUCUAUCUAUCUAUCUAUUACAAUCUGCCCAUUAUCUAUCUAUCUAUCUAUCUCUAUCUAUCUAUCUAUCUAUCACACUGGCAGUCUGUUCAUCUAUUUCAAUCUGUUAUCUAACUACUUCAGUUGGUUCGUAUAUCUAUUUCACACUGUUCCUAUCUAUCUAUCUAUCUAUCUAUCUCUAUCUAUCUAUCUAUUACAAUCUGCCCAUUAUCUAUCUAUUCAUCUAUCUAUCUAUCUAUCUAUCUGGCAGUCUGUUCAUCUAUUUCAAUCUGUUAUCUAACUACUUCAGUUGGUUCGUAUAUCUAUUUCACACUGUUCCUAUCUAUCUAUCUAUCUAUCUAUCUAUCUAUCUAUCUAUCUAUCUAUCUAUCUAUCUAUUACAAUCUGCCCAUUAUCUAUCUAUCUAUCUAUCUAUCUAUCUAUCUAUCUAUCUAUCUAUCUAUCUAUCUAUCACACUGGCAGUCUGUUCAUCUAUUUCAAUCUGUUAUCUAACUACUUCAGUUGGUUCGUAUAUCUAUUUCACACUGUUCCUAUCUAUCUAUCUAUCUAUCUAUCUAUCUAUCUAUCUAUCUAUUACAAUCUGCCCAUUAUCUAUCUAUCUAUCUAUCUAUCUAUCUAUCUAUCUAUCUAUCUAUCACACUGGCAUUGGUUCGUAUAUCUAUUUCACACUGUUCCUAUCUAUCUAUCUAUCUAUCUAUCUAUCUAUCUAUCUAUCUAUCUAUCUAUCUAUCUAUCUAUCUAACAAUCUGCCCAUUAUCUAUCUAUCUAUCUAUCUAAAACUGGCAGUCUGUUCAUCUAUUUCAAUCUGUUAUCUAACUACUUCAGUUGGUUCCUAUUUCACACUGUUCCUAUCUAUCUAUCUAUCUAUCUAUCUAUCUAUCUAUCUAUCUAAGACAUCUAUCUAUCUAUCUAUCUAUCUAUCUAUCUAUCUAUCUAUCUAUGCGGGCAGCCAGCCCCCACCCAGCCUCGGUCUCUUUCCUGCCUUUCUAUCUUCUCCCACCGUCCUCCAUCGCCCCACCCACCUUCUCCUGCCAGCACCUUUUCUUAAUUCCAAGCACUCCACCCCCGCUGCUGCAACUGACACGGAAACGCUUCUAUCUAUCUAUCUAUCUAUCUAUCUAUUGAUCUCUUUAUAUAUAUAUAUAUGUUUAUCAUCUACCUGUCUUUAUCACUUAACGCUUAAUCUAUCUAUCUAUCUAUCUAUCUAUCUAUCUAUCUAUCUAUCUAUCUGUCUCUUUACAUCUAUUUAUCAUCAAUCUCUUUAUAUCUCUUUAUGA